UUUUAUUUCGACAGUGCAACCCGGAAGUGUUCCGAUAACAACAACGGUGAUUGGCAUGUAGCUAACGUUAGCCGGUCCUAAAUAUAUUUUUUAGAAAUGUAUUUGUCUGCAGUGCCACCUAAAUGUAUAUUAACCGGUUAGUCUUGCCGUAAAUGUUAACGUUACAGUAACAGAAGCGUCGUCCUUGUUGGGCCCUGGCCGUUGGCUGAAGUCAUGAAGUUAGUUAGUUAGCUAGCUAGCUAGCCUAAAGCUAUCUGCUUGAAACACACCAGUAACGUUACAAGGCGUCACUGACCAAAAUAUGGCUGACGACCCUCAGAGAAAUUUCCGCUCUGCGUAUUAUGAGAAAGUGGGCUUCAGAGGAGUGGAGGAGAAGAAAUCUCUGGAAAUACUGCUCAAGGAUAAUCCUCUAGAUCUAGAAAAGCUGAGCACCUUCAGUCAGAGGUUCCCCCUCCCCUCUAUGUACAGGAUCCAUGUGUGGAAGGUAUUGUUAGGAAUCCUUCCCCCCCACAGUGACUCUCACGCUCUGGUGGCUGGCUACAGGAAGGAGCAGUACCAGGACAUCCUGGAGGCUCUGGAGGUGAUGAGAUACAUCAACUCUUCCACACCCUCCACCCACGUCUACCUGCGCAUGUUCCAGCUGGAGAACCAGGUGCUCCCGAGGUGCUCCGAGACCUCCGCCCCGGAUGAAGAGGACGAGGACUUCCUCUCCAUCAGCCGAGCCAUGGAGGAGAUCGUAGACGAUCCUGUUGAUUGCUAUUGGCUGAUCAAGUCUUUCGUCAAUCAGUUCCACACAAAGUUCGGAGACUCAGUGCCACACCUCCCGAAGAGCCUGGAGCAUUAUCUGAGUCAGGAGGAGCCGCGCCUGCUGGACCACCUGAAGAGCUGCGGAGCCCUGAACCAGCUGCCCUACGGCCUCUGGUUCAGACGCUGCUUCGCUGGCUGCCUGCCCGAGUCCAGCCUGCAGAGGGUGUGGGACAAGGUGAUCAGUGGCUCCUGUAAGAUCCUGGUCUUUGUGUCCUUGGAGAUUCUGCUCAGCUACAAGAUCGUGUUGUUGGGAAUCAGCCGGCCCGGAGGCGUGGUCAGGUUUCUGUGCAACAUACCGCAGGAAAACACAGACGCCAUCGUGACUAAAGCCAUCGACUUGUGGCACAAAUACUGCGGAACUCCAAUGCACGCCGUAUAGCCACAUGGAGCACACACAUCUGGGCCCAGAGGUGCUUUUUUCCCAGGAUUCACCAGGAUUUACGCCACUGAGAGACUAACAGACUGGGGAUUUGUCUCUGCAUGACUGAACUGAAAACUCAUCGUGAGCUACUUGCAAUAAGCCUGAAGACUUCCUGAGAAUUCUCAGCUAUUAAAGCAUAUGAUGAACUAUACAUGGAAAGGACACUGGAAACAGCUGCUCUACAGAGUGGAGGCACAAGAACUGUUUGGAAAAAGGCGAGGAAGCAUAAACUUAUUUUUUUUAAUAAGUUUCCUUCUUUAAGAAACUGCAUACAUCAUAGAAGACACAAUAAAUUAAUACCCACAUGCAGUUUUUCUGCUUUACAAAUAAAAACAUUUGAAAAGUCUCACUUACUUUCUUUGCUAUGUACAAGUCUUUCAUAAUUCUGAGAACAACUGUCUCUCAAAACAUUGUUUACAGCAUACAAGAGACAGUAAUAUUACUGACGCUUGUUCAUACACACUCACAGUCAAAACAAACACACACACAACAGAGCAACCAGUUCUCCCCUUAAUAUGGUCAAAACUGACAAUUGAUGAACCUAAUAUGCACUGUAAAUAAUAA